GCCGCGCGCGACCUUCCCAAAAAUACGUCUUACGUAUCGUGUUUAAUUUUCAGAGUGAACGUAAUUUUUUCUUUAAGUGUAAAUAAUUAGAUUAGAAUAAAUGUGUUUUAACGUGCCAUGGUUAGCUAUUAAAGGAUUUGAAUAGAACCCAUCAAAUGUGCAGAUGUAGAAAUGUAAUACUUAAACUACGGACCUCCCCAAAAAUGAAGCGGCGAUCUCUAACGACUGUUCGCGAGGAGUCACCACCAAAGUCUCUCUGCAGUGACGUCACAAUUUACGUCAUGGUGACCACGACAGCUGUCCUCAGCUACGUCAACAGCCUCAACGGGGACUUUGUCCAUGACGAUAUACCCGCCAUAGUGACGAAUGGGGACGUGGUGGGGAGUAAUUCCUUGAAGCAAUUGUUUUUAGAUGAUUACUGGGGCAUGCCGAUGGCAGAUGCGAAUAGUCAUAAGUCCUAUCGGCCGUUGACUACGCUGAGUUUUAGGCUAAACCACGCCCUCGCGGGUCUUCGACCGUGGUGGUGGCAUGCAUGCAAUGUUGCGUUGCACGCUGCAUGUUGCGCGCUGGUUGCGCGAGCGUGCGUUACAAUAGCGCGGUUGCAGAGACCGUUUGCAGCGCUCGCGGCGUUGCUGUUUGCGGUGCACCCUGUACAUACUGAGGCGGUAGCCGGAGUAGUGGGCAGAGCUGACGUAUUAGCUUGUAUAUUCUUCCUAUCUUCCCUCCUCGCGUAUCAUAGGCCUACGAGUAAUAAGAAGUGUGUGUGGCUGAGUGUGGUGCUUGGAGCUCUAAGUAUGCUGGCCAAGGAGACGGGCAUCAUGAUAUUUAUACUGAAUCUAGCCUUCGACUUUUAUAGAUGUUGGCCGUUUGUUAAAAGGUCGAUAUGUUCAUUAAAAAUUGAGAAGAAAUGUACUGGUCUGUCGCUAAGGACUAUUAAAGUGGUGGUGUCCUUGGCUCUGCUAGUCUGCUUAAGGCUGGCUUUAUUGCAAGGAACGUGGCCUUCUUUUUCGCCUCAGGAUAAUCCUGCUGCAUUUCAUCCUAGUUUUUUUGUAAGAUUGCUGACUUUCUGCUACUUAGCAGCGUUCAACUGGUGGCUGCUCCUGUGCCCGUGGACGUUGAGCCACGACUGGCAGAUGAGCUCAGUGCCUCUCAUCACCAGCGGCUGGGAUCCGAGGAACUUGCUCACUUGUGCAGCGUUUGGAGCUGUGCUGUUACUGUGUUAUCGGUUUAUUGCGGAUUUAGAAGUACAAAAACACACGCCAGCAGUAAUAGGCCUGCUACUCAUGGUUCUUCCCUUCGUGCCUGCCAGCAACCUGCUCGUAACAGUCGGGUUUGUGAUUGCCGAGAGAGUGCUUUAUAUACCCAGCGUGGGUAGUGUGAUAAUAACAGCAUAUGGAGUGCAACUGAUGUGGUGUUCCAAGCCUGGCACUAAGAUGUUCCUAGCCAUUGGCUUGGCAGUACUGGCUGCCAGUGGAGUGGCGAGGACACAUAGGAGGAACGCUGAGUGGAGAGACAGAGCUACUCUCUUGAGGGCGGAUUUAGUGACUUUGCCGCAGAACGCUAAACUGCACUACAACUUGGCGAACUUUCUACGCGAGACAGAGCAGCAAGACAGCGCCAUCAAACAUUACAAAGAAGCUUUGAGAUUAUGGCCUACCUACGCAAGCGCUCACAACAACAUAGGCACCUUAGUCUCGGGGAUGGACAACGCCGAACACCACUUCUUACAAGCCAUCAAGUUCAACAAAUACCACGUGAACGCACACUACAAUCUUGGCAAGCUUUAUAAGAAAAGUGGCCGAACACACCAAGCGGUAUCAAUGCUUGAGAAGUGCAUAUGGCUGCAGCCUCGGUUCGUGCAAGCUCACGUGGAACUCCUCACGUUGAAGACUGAGAAUGAGAAGCAGGGGAUACUCAGCAGGCUGGUGGAUCUGGAGCCUGGGAACUGGGAACAUUAUGUGCUGUAUGGUGACUGGUUGAGGAGUAGAGGCUUACCAGCGCCAGCAGCAAAAUACUACCUAGAAGCCACAAGACUGAGUUUUAGGUAUCGAGGAGCAGAACGCAACGUCAGAGCAGAUCUAAUAUCCUUCAGAUAUACUGCGCUCAUGUACCGGUCACUGGGACAGAAGUCUAGGACACUACAGUUAUUAACAAGAUGGCAUACAUGGCGACGAGGCUGGCCGAGCGCGGCGGCUGCGCAUAUGUACUUAAGAGACUGGAGACUCAAGAUGGAGUUGGAGGGAAGAGCGCAAUUAUAUUCUAAGGCUGUCAAUCCUACUAAAUCAACAAAAUGCUUCGACCACACACAGCUAGCUGUCGGUCCAAAAGAAGAGAGAAUACCGCAAAAAGAAGAAAAAAAUAAAACAGUGAACACAAAAAGUGUGACCAAAACGUCAAGUGAUAAACCAGACAGUGACAAUAGAUCGUGUGGGACCAAAAAACGUGACUUAUCAGUUUCUUCGCAAAUAAAAACUACACACAACAAAUCUGAGAUUGGCCUGAAAGAUAAAAAGUGUACCUUGCAUAGGAAAGAUAAGAAAAAGGCAAACGGUGUCAUAGGAACUAUGGGUGCGCCUUUGGUUGAACAUAUACUUAUGAAAACUUAUUGAUUUGGUCGCUUUUUUAUGGGUUUAGGUGAGCAAUUGAGACUGUCUACUAAUAAAAAGCAAAAAAUGUCUAAAGGACAUUCUAAGUUUGAAUAUUUCUAAAAGUUUUGGGGAAAAGUGAGAGCCUUUUUGGUGUAAGUCUCGGUUGCUCAGCUAUUAACUAAGGACUAGAAUUUGAUACCUCAAUUGUUUUAAGUGACGAAAUAGUGAGUGAAACACGUGAAUCUCUAUCCAUUGGAAUGGUUCUUGCGAGUUUGUACUUUUCCAAAUAGUGUGUCAUACGAAAAUUAAGACAACUACAACUAAAUCUUUAUUUUACUCUACGUUUAGAGAAGACUUUUUCUGAUGAAAGUACCUACGAGUAUUGAUUGCCAGUUCAACACAACACCUAAAACUUUUUUAAGGUAAAUAAACUACAACAGAAACAAAUAUGUUAAGAAUUACCUAAGCCAAUUUUAAACCCUUGUCGAUAUUACGUUUAAAUAAUUCAACCAAAUUAACAAAUAACUCAAACUGUAUAACAAUGCUUACUGUACCAUGACUCUUCAACUCAGUCGUAAAAAAACAAAAGUGCAAACUCACAAGUCAGUCCAACAUGGCGUGUGAUACAAAGCGUGAUCGUUUCUUUUGACGUAGAACACGCUUGGCAGUUUUUGUUAAACAGACUUAGUUCUAGAUACGCUGACAAUAUCGCAACAUCUAGUUAAGUGGAGGUACUGUCGGCUACAUGAGUUUGUUAACACUUAAAUGUUUGCUAACAACAAUAAGCGUUUUGUUUGUAGUCAGAAUAAAUGCUUUUGGGGAUGAAUUUUUAAAUAACAAAAGCUUGUGGCUAAUUACUUUUUUCUGGUACAUCGAUUGCAAAGAAAAUAGAAAAUAUGUAUUUUUAGACAGUAGUGAGACCGCUACAUGUAAAACUCAGAAUAUAUGGGUGAUUUCUUUUUGUACUUGUCCAUUCCGUUCAGCCAUCCGUUGUCGCUCAGUCUUAGUGAGCGUCUGAAGUGUUAACAAACUUAUGUCGUCGACUGUACAUACAUCAAUUUUGGUAGCUGUUUCAAGAAAAACAGUUUCCAAAAUUGUAUGUGUUUAGAUAGAAAACUAAUUUAAAACGAUGUGUAGUAAUAAUAAAAUGAGAAACAAUCUAUUUUUGUCAGAGUGCGUGGGAGACGAUUUAUAUGAAAAUGCACAAAAUUUUUACGCUAGCAUUAGUAUUUGUAAUGAUAAACAACUGUUUCUAUAUUCAAUCGACGGAUUAAUCUAUCAGUUUUUUAUUACUUUUUUAAUGUAACGUCAGAAAAAGUGAUAUUGAAUUUUUACAUUCCAUUAUUUACUUAUUUAUUUUUGUAAUCGAUUUGAACUGCAUUUUUUACUUUUAUGAAUUUUGAAGAAGGGCGAGUAAUUAUGAUAUUAUUUGUAUUUUAUGGUUAAUUGAUGAUAAAGGAUUGUGCCACAGCUAGUUAAAGGAAUUCGCUUGGCCUUACCGGUGUUGAUGCAAAGGAGAUGAAACAAUAUACUUUGAAUGAUCUACUGCUAACAUUUGCAGUUGAAAAGAAUUUUGCUAUUGACAGCAAGAACUCAAAAUAUCGCAAUUUAAUUAAUAUUGAGACAAUAACAUGGACUUUUUAUACAAAAAUAAUAACAAUUUCUACAUAUGUAUAAUAUAUAAAUUAUCAAUUCCAAUAAAAACACGCAUUUCAUUUUCCGUAAACACAAAAUUCUUUUUAAAAUAUAAAGUAACUUUUAAAUAAAAACGAUUUAUAUAAUUUUAGUUACGACUGUUGUUUUUAUAAGUUGUUGCUGUCAAUAGCAAAAUAGCGAAUAGCGAAUCUCAAAUACACACUAAGAUGUAAAUAUUAUUUGUAAGUAUAGACUUUGGCACGUGACAAUGCUUUGAAUGUACUGAGAAUAAACGAUUUAAUUAUA